AUGAUCAUUUCUUGGACUUGGGAGGAGGUGGCACAGCUUGCAUUAAGAGACUACAACAAGAAUCAUGGGACUUAUUUGGAGCUUGUGAGGGUUUUGGAUGACAAGGUAUGGAAUAACUUUUUAGCUGAUGCUGGUGUUUGGAAACAUAUCAAUUUUGAGGCCAGACGGCGGAAUGUGGGUUCCAAUGACAACGAGGCACUUGGGAAUAUUGUUCUCGUUGCCCAUAUAACAUUUGUCGUCCGAAUCCAGGAUUUCGUGCUGGAAAAAAGGAGCUGUGAGACAAUCAUAUUGUCUGAACAAGAUGCAAUCGAGUUUGCAGAAUUCGCAAUACACGACUACAAUGAGAAACAUAGAACAAACUUGAAGCUUGAAAUGGCUCUAGAAUACAAUAGGUUUGAAGGCCUUGGUGUCUUAAUGGGCUUCACUAAAAAGAAAACGACUUGGGUGCAUAUGAACUUGGUGGCGAGAGUGGGCCCUAAUGAGGAUUACUCGUUUUCUUUGCCGAGUUCUAUUUAUCAGAAUGUUGCUGAUUAUGAGUAUGUGCUUGCUACAUUGGCACUAGUGAAUACUUCCAAGCAUCGGCCUGUUAGUAAAAAGGAUGGGUUGUGGUGUCGUUUUUGCCCAGAUGGUAUUCUUCAUCCAAUGAAAGGGUAUUUUUAUAAUUUCUACCCACCUGAUGCUGCAGUUGAAAAUUUGCUGUAA